UCCAGAGAAGUCCCGCUCGGCGCCUGGACGGGACGGAGGUGCGGACAGAGCGCUCCAGACCCGCUUCUAUCCCGCUUGUGGCCCCUCCGAUGGGGCGACCCCCGCCUCCCCUCCUCCUCCUCCUCUCCCUCUUCUUCCUCCUGCCGCUGCUCCAAGGAACAGCAUCAGCAGUGGGCAGAGGAAGAGGCAGCGCUCCGGUGCGGAGCCGGAGGGGCAUCUUCCAGCUGGCGGGGGCCAUCCUCUGCUCCACGGGCCGCACCCCCCUGGCCUACCUGCGCUACGGCUGCUACUGCGGGCUGGGAGGCAGCGGGUGGCCCCGGGACAAGGCCGACUGGUGCUGCUUCCGUCACGACUGCUGCUACGCCGAGGCCGAGAAGGAGGGCUGCGACCCCAAAAUGGGAAGCUACCCCUGGGAGUGCGAGGACAAAGAAGCCAGCUGCGACGACAUCAAGGAGGACAAGUGCCAGAAGCUGGCCUGCAAGUGUGACCAGGAGGCAGCCCACUGCCUGGCCGAAGCCCCCUACCAGCCCACCUACGUCUUCUGGCCACUCUCUUCCUGCGGCAGCCGCAGCCCCAAAUGCAAAGACCAUUAGGACCGUGGCCGAAGCGAGGGGGCCACACAUUUUAAUUUUGCACUCCAUUGUGUCGUCUCAUAAUAAUACCAUAUUUACUCAAAUCUAAUGCUAACCCUAAAUAGAACCAGCUUCUCUGAGGGAUUCUACAUGGUCUCCAGACCUUUGAUCCUUUUAGUUUCCCUCAAAUGGACGUCUUCCAUCUUGGAGUCAAUAUCCCUCUUAAAUUGCUUUGCCUCGCAUCAGACUCAGGGUUAAUAUUCCAGCUGAAGAGGUCUGACCAAAGCAGAAGAGAGGAGCACCAUGACUUCCAUUGAUCUCUAGACACUAGACUCCAUUGCUGCUCAGUCGUUUAGUCAUCUCCGACUCUUCGUGACCGCAUGGACCAGUCCAGGCCAGAGCUCCCUGUCGGCCACCACCGCCCCCAGUUCCUUCAAGGUCGAGCCAGUCACUUCAAGGAUACCGUCCAUCCAUCUCGCCCUUGGUCAGCCUCUCUUCCUUUUUCCUUCCAUUUUCCCCAGCAUCGUGAUCUUUUCCAAGCUUUCCUGUCUUCUCAUGAUGUGGCCAAAAUACUUCAACUUUGCCUCUAAUAUCCUUCCCUCCAGUGAGCAGCCAUUGGGCAUCAUUUCCUGGAGGAUGGACUGGUUGGAUCUUCUUGCCAAGGUCCAAGGCACGCUCAGGAUUUUCCUUCAAAAACAUCUCUCUUCCUUCACUCAGCCUUCCUUAUGGUCCAGCUCUCGCAUCCAUAGGUUACUACAGGGAAUACCAUUGCUUUCACUAUGCGGACCUUCGUGGCUAGUGUGAUGUCUCUGGUUUUCACUAUUUUGUCAAAGUUGGCCAUUGCUCUCCUCCCAAGAAGGAAAUAUUUUCUGAUUUUCGUGUGAUCUUCAUGCCUAGAAAUAUAAAGUCUGUCACUGCCUCCACGUUUUUUCCUUCUAUUUGCCAGUUGUCAAUAGGCGUCGUUGCCAUGAUCUUGGUUUUCUUGAUGUUUAACUGCAGCCCGGCUUUUGCACUUUCUUCUUCCACCUUGGUGAUAAGGCUCCUCAGCUCUUCCUCACUUUCGGCCAUCAGAGUGGUAUCAUCUGCAUACCUAAGGUUGUUAAUAGGGUUGUUGUAUAUCUUUUGGGUUGUGUGGCCAUGUUCCAGAAUACUUCUGGAACAUGGCCACACAGCCCGAAAGACAUACAACAACCCUGUGAUCCCGGCCAUGAAAGCCUUUGACAACACAUAAGGUUGUUAAUGUUUCUUCCAGCAAUUUUAACUCCGGCCUUGGACUCGUCAAGCCCCACACGUCGCAUGACGUGUUCUGCGUACAAGUUGAAUAGGGAGGGUGAAAGUAUGCAGCCCUGCCAUACUCCUUUCCCAGUCUUGAACCAGUUUGUUGUUCCAUGGUCUGUUCUUACUGUGGCUACUCCAUUGGAUGCAGCCAAAAAUCCCAUUGGCUUUCUUAGCUGCAGCAUCACACUUUUGGCUCUUGUGGUCGAGACUCCAUCGGCCACUUUGCUCAGGUCUUGCAAACAGAGGGCAGCCUCUUCCUCGAUGGCCCCAGUCCGGUUCCAGUGGGGCCUCCGUUCUUUGCGGCGGCCUUCCAGAAGGAGCUCGGGGACCCCCACAAUGUUUACAGACCCUUUUGUGUGCCUUAUGCGCCAAAUGCUAGGGCCAGUUGUGCUGGCAAACUGAGAUGCAUCCAGCUCAUAGAAUCAUAGAAGAGUUGGAAGAGACCUCAUGGGCCAUCUAGUCUAACCCCCUGCUAAGAAGUAGGAAAUCGCAUUCAAAGCACCCCCGACAGAUGGCCAUCCAGCCUCUGCUUAAAAGCCUCCAAAGAAGGAGCCUCCACCACAGUCUGGGGCAGAGAGUUCCAC